AAGCGUGUUGGCUUUUACAGGCCCCUUUUUCUAACCGCCAGAACUGCUGCAGGGAAGCCUGGCUCCAGCCGACCUACUGUCGCAGGGCUAACCGGGGCGUCUCUGCCAUCCUUCUACCUGUUGGGCCGGCAAACCUGUCCUGAUGGUCACCUUAACCACUGUCCUCUUGCUGCUGAGCAGCUGGUCUCACUCGGUGCCAGGCCCGGGCUCCUGGCCCAAGCAGUGGGAUCAAAACGAGCUAUUUCUGGCCCCGGCGCGCAGCCCCUGGGGGCCAGCCCGGCGUGUUCCUGCUCACGCCCCUGGCCACUGAGCACCCGAGGCUGAGUCAGAGGCACAGAAUUAGGCCGACCUACCCUGGGGUAGGGUCUGUUCUGUGUCCUCCUGACAGCCUGGCGUGGCUGCAGCAUUCUCCAGGAAUCUGUUAAUAAGCCUGGUGCGUCAUCCUCAGACCUGCCAGCCGGGCAGAUGGUUACGGACUGAGAACUCUUGGGUGGACUUCUUGGGGCCCGGGUUCCCAACUGCCAUAGUGGUUCGCCACACCUCUAAGGGUCUGCCUCCUAAGUCUUAGCUGCCCUUCUAGAAAUGGAGAAGUCUGAAUGACAGUUCCCUGGUGUCCUUUUCCAGGCAUCCAGCAGGCGUUUAAUAACUAGCCAAGUCAUUAUUGAAGUUUCUAAAUAAGGCAUGCUAAAGGCCGAGUCUGGCCUCAAUCCCAGUGUCCCGGGAGGCCCGCCGCGGGGGCCGCCCUGGGCACAGUAUAAAUCCGAGUGCGUGUGCUGGAGCCCCGCGGAGCCCGGUGGCCGGCCGCGGAGAGCAGAAUGGAGAUCCCCGUGCCUGUGCAGCCCUCUUGGCUGCGCCGCGCUUCAGCUCCCUUACCGGGUUUUUCCGCUCCGGGACGCCUCUUUGACCAGCGUUUCGGCGAGGGCCUGCUUGAGGCCGAGCUGGCUUCACUGUGCCCUGCCGCCAUCGCCCCCUACUAUCUGCGCGCCCCCAGUGUGGCACUGCCCACAGCACAGGUGCCCACGGACCCUGGGUAUUUUUCUGUGCUGCUGGAUGUGAAGCAUUUCUCACCAGAGGAAAUCUCUGUCAAGGUGGUCGGCGACCAUGUGGAGGUCCACGCACGGCAUGAGGAGCGCCCGGAUGAACAUGGAUUCAUUGCUCGAGAGUUCCACCGCCGCUACCGCCUGCCUCCGGGCGUGGACCCUGCUGCCGUGACCUCGGCACUGUCCCCUGAGGGUGUCCUGUCCAUCCAGGCCACACCAGCAGCGGCCCAGGCCCCACUCCCGUCACCUGCUGCCAAGUAGGGGUCUGGGCAUGACAGGACCAGACCUGGGAAGCCUCUGUAGGCUCCCUUUUAAAAGCCGAUCUGACUCCGCUGCCCAGCCAGAUGUCCUAAUGGCUGUCAAGACAGUCCCUCCCAUCCAAACCUAGUGUCCUCCCCUAGGACCUUACCACCCCAAACCCUACCUGGGCCUUGGUAACCUAGACACCUCCCUAACCUCCUGCCCAUCAGCUUUCAGGCCCCAUCCAUAGUACCUCUCUAGAGACAACACAAACACUAUCUCACCCUCGGCCUAGACUCCCACCUAACUGACCCCACUUGGGGCUUACAUCACCACUCAGGCCUCCUACUGCACUUUGAAGUUGUAGAACGCCCACACCAUGACCCAGAGUACAAUAAAGACAGCACGUCCCCUAUUCCAGGCCUGUCACCUCAUUCCCCACAAUGACCCAUGGGCUAGCCAGUCUGACUGACUGCGUGGGCCUCCUCAUCAGAACAUUCAAGCCUGGUCCACCUGUCCUACAACCUAACCCUCCUCUGCCCCAGGCCAUUUUAAACUUGAAACUCCAGGAGCCUAAGUUCCUGAAUCCUACUGUUCUGACCUCCCAAUCCUUGGACCCCUAAACUCAAAUUGUACAUAAACCUCAACUUCCCCAGAUGUGAAAGGCCGAUGAACCAGAACCUCUGAGUUCCUUUGUCCUGACUCCCCAUCUGCAGCCCAAUGUCCUAGGCCACCACCUCCACUCACCCUGUAAGACCAGUCACACCUUCCUUCAUCCCGUCACCUCAUUCCCUUCCUACAUUCAGUCGCCAAUAAAUGUGCUAGAGAUUGUCAA